CAGGAUUGGGGAGAUGCAGCAACAGAUGCCAAGGAUGAGUCCCCACGUGUCCCUGCUCAGGGCGCUAUGCUGCCUGCUGGUCAUGCCAGCUUUGCUAGAAGCGUCAUCUCUAACGAGAGUAAAGAAUGAUGCAGUCAGCAUUGAGCCAGCCAAAGCGCACCAUUUCUUGACUAAUUCUCGACCCAAGAGGAACGUCGACCCAAAGUGGUACAGAGGCACGCCUGACUUCCAGUCCUACUACCGCUUCUACAACAGCAUUGGACACAUUGAAGGAAUCUAUGAGAUAGACCGAAUCAGGAUGCUGUAUCAGCAGAUGCGUCACUUGGAGCUAACCUAUGGCCCAGAUGCCUCCAGCUACCAAAAUAUCAUGGGUGUGCAGACCACCGCUGCAGCUCCCACUACCGCCACCCAGCCUCCCACCCCCUCAGCUCCUACACCUGACCCUCUGGAGCAUGCUCAGCGGAUCUACCUGUGUCACCCCAAAGACCCACUGUGCAAACCUCAGAUUGUCUACAUGCCCACCGGGGCGCUCCCGGUGCUGUGCGACCCCAGACACAACCCGGCCUGCAGGCCCAAGACCGAGGAAGGGGUCGAAUCCGCUGCUCCUCCUCAACUGGCUCCAGCCCCUCCUGCUCCCAAAAAGUCAGCUCCUCCUCCGCUACCUCCCAUCACUGUUAAACAAAUGGAGUACCACUGUGACCCUUACUGGGAUCCCGACUGCCUCAUUGACCACCCCCCACAUCCCAUCCAGGACACGGUCAAGGUCGAGGGACCUGUUGAAGAGAACGUGGUGAAAGAGAAAGAUGCGAAAGGUGAAGAUGGUGUGCCUGCAGAAACCACCGAGGGAGAGCCGCACUACCCUUACUUUGACCCUUAUGAUUUUAAACGUGACCUUUAUGACCCCUUCCACUAUGCCAAUCCAGAUCCUGAGGAGCAGUAAAAACCCCAACCCUGCAAGAAGACUGCAAACUUACAUCAUGUUGUAAAAUCCAUACUGAAACGUGCAAAUGUUUCAAACCAUGCAAAUGUGUGCUUUCCCACAGCAUGCCUGUGUUGCUAUUAUCAGUUACACACAAUAUUAUGCAGUAU